CGUCCCCGCUCCUCGCGUUUCGUUCUUAAUUUCUCUCUCUUCUCUCUUUCUCUUUCUCUCUCUAAAAUUCUUCAACUCUUCGUGUUCCCCUUCGUUGAUUUCUUCGAUCUCUCUCAUUGCCAGCAACAAUGUCGACGGAAAAGGAGAGAGAGACUCAUGUUUACAUGGCCAAGCUCGCCGAACAGGCCGAGCGUUACGAUGAAAUGGUUGAGAGUAUGAAAAACAUUGCAAAACUUGAUGUUGAGCUGACUGUGGAGGAGAGGAACCUGCUGUCUGUGGGGUACAAGAAUGUUAUAGGUGCCCGGAGAGCAUCUUGGCGUAUUAUGUCAUCAAUUGAGCAGAAGGAAGAGUCUAAGGGGAAUGAGAACAAUGUUAAGCUGAUUAAGGGUUACCGCCAGAAGGUAGAGGAGGAACUUUCCAAGAUUUGCACUGACAUUCUUACUAUCAUAGACAAGCACCUGAUCCCCUCUUCUGGCUCAGGAGAAGCUACUGUUUUCUACUAUAAGAUGAAAGGUGACUACUACCGUUAUCUUGCUGAAUUUAAAACUGAUCAGGAAAGGAAAGAGGCUGCUGAACAAUCAUUAAAGGGCUAUGAGGCUGCAUCUGCCACUGCAAAUACAGAUCUCCCUUCAACACACCCAAUCCGUCUCGGCCUUGCUCUUAACUUCUCUGUCUUUUACUACGAGAUAAUGAAUUCUCCUGAGAGGGCUUGCCAUUUGGCUAAACAAGCUUUUGACGAGGCAAUUGCAGAGUUGGACACUUUGAGUGAGGAGUCAUACAAGGACAGCACCCUGAUUAUGCAGCUAUUGAGAGACAACCUCACUCUCUGGACCUCUGAUUUGCCUGAAGAUGGAGGUGAAGAAAGCACUAAAGGUGAAGAAUCCAAAGCAGAUGAAGCUGAGCAUUGACGGUGUCUCAACGACCAAUGCAGAAGGCAAUCCCAGAUAUAGUACUUGGCAAAAGUGGGCUCUUUUUUUCUAGUUUUCUCACGAGGGAUUGCUUGGUACAGUAUAGUCCUCUUCCAAUGAAUUUAUGUUUUUGGACCAUCCAAAGCCGGAUGACGAUGAGACUGUUUGACUGAUCUAUCUGAUUUUUCUUUCCAAUUUGUUUUUCUUUGUUCAUCUCGCCUUUGCUUCUGCGUUUAUCGCUUCAUGUUCUUAUGAACUUGCUAUUGGAGCAACAAAUAUAGUUUUAUUUUUCUCA